UAUACAUAUUAAUGAAUAGAACUCAAAGUUGUCGAAUGGUGCAAAGUAAUAAAUUAUUAGAACUAUUGAAAAAAAAGAAGAAAGCUGAGUCUCAAAAUCCUAGUGUAAGUCCAAGGUAGUAAUUGUCACCUCCAAGAUUAGUGAAACUAAAAUCUCCAAAAUAAUUAGAUGUUUAGAAAUGUAUAUAAAUAAAGUAUUAAACUAAUUUAGUUGUAACAGCAGCUGUAAAACUAAAAGGAGUAUCUCAUAUGAGAACCUUAAAUAGUGAUAGAGACAAUUAUGAACUUAUAAUAACACUGAUAACUUCGGAAAAACAGUAUAUAGUGUUAUAAAAUAGGUAUAUUGUUCCAAUAGGGCUUGAUUAAACAACAUCUGAUCUUUAUUAGAAAUUAAUAACUAAGAUGAGUGUGCAUGAUCCUUAGAAUUAUGAAAAGAUCUCUUAUUUUUAAAGCUACACUUAAAAUUACAAUGUGGAUUACUACUUGUCAUUAGAUGAUAAACCUUUAUCAGUGUUCAGCAAUGGAAGGACUUUAAAAUUGAUUCCGAUCUAUUAUAAUGAAAUUCAAAGUAAUUCUUUUGAUGAUUAUAUAUUGAUCAAAUGUAUUGGUGUGGGGUAGAGAUUUAAAAUUUUGUAGAGGUUUUUCGAGAGUGUAUAUGGUAAAAUCAAAAAAGAAUGGACAAUUCUUUGCAAUGAAAAUAAUAGACAAAUUGUUUAUAACAAAAAACAAUAAAGAGAGUAUGAUUAACAAUGAGAAAUUGAUCAUGAGUAAUUUAGAUAGCCAAUUUUUAACAAGACUUCAUUGUUCUUUUGAAACUAAAUAUUAUUUGGUUUUUGUGAUGGAGUAUUUUAAAAAUAUAUUUUUAGUUAUUGUCAUGGAGGUGAAUUAUUCUUUCAUCUUAGAAAAAUAGGAACUUUAAAUGAAGAAGUUGCAAAACAAUAUUUUGUAUAAUUAUGUUUAGCAAUCUAUUAUCUUCAUGAAUAAAAUAUUAUAUAUAGAGAUUUAAAACCAGAAAAUAUUUUAUUAGAUAUAGAUGGUUAUAUUAAAUUAUCUGACUUUGGUCUUUCAAAACCAAAUAUGACAAAAGAUAAAUAAAGUUAUUCUUUUUGUGGAUCUCCUGAAUAUAUGUCACCUGAAAUGGUAACUAAAAGAGGACAUAAUUAUAUGUUGGAUUGUUAUAGUUUAGGUGCUGUAUUAUAUGAAUUUAUAUAUGGAUAUCCUCCAUAUUAUGAUUAGAAAAUGUAAAAUAUAUUAAAUUCAAUUCAAUUUGAUAAAUUAGAAUUUCCUGAACAAAUUAAAAUUAGUGAUCAUUUAAAAAAUCUUUUAAUUAAUUUAUUGAUUAAGGAUUAAAAUGAAAGAUUAGGAAGAAAAAAUGGUAUAGAAGAUAUUUUGAAUCAUUAAUGGUUGAAUAAUUUUGAUUACACUGCUCUUUACAAAAAAUAAUUAAAUAUAUACUACAAACCUUAACCACUUUAAAUAAAUUUUAAUGCUGCUGAAUUUAGUAAAGGUGAUAGAGAAUUUUAAUAAAAGUUAUAAGAUAAUUUGUAUAGAGAAAAAUAAACAAAGUUUGAAUAAAUAUUUCCAAACUUCGAUUAUAUAUCAGAUUAGAUUAAAAAUAAAAGAGAAUAGUUUAUAGAGAAGAUUAAAUAUGCUAGUUUAAGAUCUUCUUUAUAAACUAAUAUCAUUAAAAAUAAGAUUAAAACACUUUCUUUAAAUUGUAUGUUCUUAUUAAUAUAUUUUUAAUAGCCCCUUAGCUAAGUGCAAUAUGUCCAAGAUUUUAAUCAGUAAAGAACUCACAAAUAGCAUAAUCUUCUUCUACUUAAUCUUUUAGGAAUUCUUCAUCCAGUAAAAGAUUCAACACUGAAUAUGACCUUUAGAAAUUACUAAAAUUUAAACAAUGA